ACCAAGAUGGCCGACCCUUCCCCCUAAUAUGAUGAGGGACGUGAUCACGUUCCUUCCUGGCUAGGAUUUACUUAGAUUCAACUGAAACCCAAGCUAAGGAUGGCUACAGUCUGGGGGAACGAGGACGUAGCCUGCUACUUCACCACGAAGCAUUCGUGGCGCGGAAAAUACAAGAGGAUCUUCUCCAUUGGAACGAAAGGAAUUACAACGUACAAUCCGUCUAACCUCGAGGUCACAAAUCAGUGGGCAUACAAUGACUUCUGUAGAAUUGCACCAAGUGCAAAGGCUCCUAGUGAGCUGAUCAUAACUAUGAAGAAAACUGGUGCAAGUAAAAAGAUCCAGAGUAUGACAUUCUCCACAGAGCACAGGGCUGAUCUUUUGACAGAGGCUCUUAGAUUUCGUAAAGAGUUCUCAGACUUCAAAGCAGGAAGUGAAGUGCGUUUCAAUGGAUACAAGUAUCAUUGGAGUGACACAAGGCUGCCGAUAGUGUUAGAGGUUACACCUUGUUCUUUGGACCAAAUUGAUCCUACAACAAGAGAAAAGCUGUGUUCAUAUGAUUACAAGGAUUUGGAAGGUGUUGUGCAGGUGUCAGACUAUCCUGGUGGAAUUGCCAUUGUUUAUGGUGGUUUCAGUAGACUUCAUCUCUUUGCACUGGAACAGAGAGAAGAGUUAAUGAAGAAAAUGUCAGAAUAUGCAAUGGCACAUGUUGGAGUUGCAAUCAAACAGAGAAGUAAGCCUAUAACAUUUGAGCAGUUUCAAAGCCACAAAUUUGGAAAAUUCAGGUAAGUUGAAUUUGUUAAAAAUCUGAUUGAUUUUCAAGUUGUAAAAAGAGGCAGAAAGUCAGUUUUUAGAGUGCCAGAUCCUGUUGUUCGCACAUUGUGUUUAUCAGAGACAUGCAUGAUAGAAAGAGACCCUGCAACAUACAUUAUUGUGAGCUGUCAUCCCCUCUCUGAUGUAUUUGCCAUCAUCCGUUCAAAUGAUAAUCCUCAAAUGUUCACCAUAGAGUUUGUCCGUGGAGCAACAAAGAGGUUCAUGUCAACUGAAAGGGACUCGCUGUUGGCCAGUCUGCUUGAUGGAGUUCGUGCCAGCGGCAACAGGGAUGUCUGUGUCAAAAUGAAACCUACCAUUAGAGGUUUUAGAUUUGCACCAGUCAUUUCAACUGUGGAUGAGGAAGUUGAAAGUCAACAUCUCAGAUUUCUUGCAGUUCCUCCAGCCACAUUUGCAGAAGCAGUUGAAAGAUUUAACAGCAAUAUUCCUUACAAUGGAUUGCUCCAUGCAGUCACACAAGAUGGGCUGUUUGCUGAAAACAAGGAAAAGCUCAUAACAGGAGCAAUCACUGCACUUUUAGCAAUGGAAGGUGAUCAGAACACCAUCUCUGUAGAAGAUUUAGAAGGACAGUUUCAAGCCAUUCGCAGACUUGUUGCUUCAAAAGCAGGAUUUGAAGCCUUCACAACUCUACCCAAGUUCAGAGACAAGCUUGGAGUGAAGGUUGUAAAAGCUCUGAAAAGGAAUGAUGAUGGAGUCACACAUGCUGCUAUUGAUAUGCUCUGUGCUUUGAUGCAGCCCAUGCACGACAAUUAUGACCUCAGACAGGAACAGAUGAAUAAGUCUUCACUUGUGUCAUCCAGGAAAUUCCUUGGCACAUUGUUAGAUAUCUUCACUACACAUGUAAAUAGAAGCACAGGGGCUCUUGUUGUUAGUUCACUUCUGGACUUCCUUACAUUUGCAUUGUGUCCACCAUACAGCGAAACCACAGAAGGAACACAGUUUGACACUUUGCUGGAAAUGGUUGCAGACCUUGGGCGAAAUAUUUUUAGGCUUUUUCAGCAUCCAUCCAUGGCAAUUGUCAAAGGAGCUGGCAUGGUUAUGAAAGCUGUCAUUGAGGAAGGAGAUUCAGAGAUUGCAGCGAAAAUGCAGGAUCUUGCUUUGGCAGAGGGAGCCCUUCCUAGGCAUCUUCACACAGCCAUGUACACACAAAGUACAGACAGUAGGCUACUCACAAACAGGCAGCUCAGCAGACAUUUGGUAACCCUGUGGGUGACUGGCCAUCCCACUGCGAUGGGUCUUCUGAAGAGGAUCAUGCCUGCGGGUCUAAUGAACUAUCUUGAAUCAGAGGAGAAGGUCCCAGAAGUGGAGUUAGAUAAACUGCAUGUCAGAGACAACGUCAAACUUGCUGAGGAUUCUUCCAAACCCAAGAAACAUCAGUACCUUGUGCAACUGGAUGUUGUACUCACUCACUGGAGGACGAAGAUGGGAUUGAAGUCAAAAGAAACAAACCAGAAACCUGUCAUUUUAAGAAAAAGAAGGCAAAGAAUUAAGAGUGAUGCAAACUGGGAACUUUUCUAUUACAAGUUCAAUCAAGAUCAUUCCAUGCCUAAUCUUAUCUGGAACUACAAGACGAGAGAAGAGUUGAGGGAAGCCUUAGAGGCAGAGAUGAGGGCAUUUGCUGUGGACAAGGAUCUUGGUUCAAAUCACGUCAUCUCUUGGAAUCACCAAGAAUUUGAAGUGAGAUACGAGUGUCUUAGUGAAGAGAUCAAAAUUGGAGACUACUACCUCAGACUGCUUCUCGAAGAAGAGGAAGGAAAAACUAUGAUCCACAAUUCGUUGGAGUUCUUCAAUGAUCUUUACCACAGAUUUCUUCUCACUCUGAAGCCUGCCAUGAAAGCCAUGUGCUUACAGGCCAUGACCAAGGUAUACAGCAAAUGCUACGAUGAAAUUGGUGCCUUCAAUGACACGCGAUACAUCGUUGGAAUGCUUGAGAAGACAACAGACAGAUUGGAGAGAGAUCGCCUUAUACUCUUUUUGAAUGCACUGAUCAAAAACAAGAAAAAUGUGAAAGAGAUGAUGGAUGUGAAUGGAAUCAGAGUUCUUGUGGAUCUUCUUACACUGGCCCAUCUUCACACUUCAAGAGCUGUAGUGCCACUGCAGAGUAAUCUGCUUGAGGCAUCUCCCGAAAUGAUGCAGCGUGACAGUGAGAAAGAGUGGUACUAUGGCAAUAAGGAGAAAGAGAGGCUGGGGCCAUUCAGCUUUAAAGAGAUGAAGGAUAUGUCAGCUGAAGGAAUUCUCCGUCCUGAAACAAAGUGCUGGGCUCAGGGUAUGGAUGGAUGGAGACCCCUGCAGAGUAUUCCGCAGCUCAAGUGGUAUCUACUGGCAACAGGCAGUGCAGUAAUGAAUGAAACAGACCUGGCUGUCUUGAUCUUGAACAUGCUGAUCAAGAUUUGUGAAUUUUACCCCAACAGAGAUGUUGAUGGUGCCAUAGUGCGGCCUCUCCCAAGAGCGAAGAGAAUGUUGUCAGAAGCAACAUGUUUACCCCAUUUAGUUCAGCUUUUGUUGACCUUUGAUCCUAUCAUUGUGGAAAAAGUGGCCAUUCUUCUUCUAAAUAUGAUGGUGGACAACCCCAUCCUUCCACGAUUGUAUCUUACUGGAGUGUUCUUCUUUAUAAUGAUGUACACUGGGUCAAAUGUUCUCCCCAUUGGAAGAUUUUUGAAAGAAGUACACACUAAACAGGCCUUCAGAUCUGAAGAGAGUCAACAGUCAGAUUUGUUCCAGAGGAGCAUAAUCGGGCCCAUUCUCCCGGAGGCCAUGGUCUGUUAUCUGGAAAAUCAUGGUCCUGACAAGUUUGCUGAGAUUUUCCUUGGCGAGUUCGACACACCAGAAGCUAUUUGGAACAGUGAAAUGAGGCGGCUGAUGAUAGAGAAGAUUGCUACUCACUUAGCGGACUUUUCACCAAGAUUACAAAGCAACACAAGGGCCUUGUACCAGUAUUGUCCUAUCCCAGUCAUAUCCUAUCCUCAACUGGAGAAUGAACUGUUCUGUAAUAUCUUCUAUCUGAGGCAUCUGUGCGACACAGAAAAGUUUCCUGAUUGGCCAAUCAGAGAACCGAUUCGGCUGCUCAAGGACAUUCUAGAAGCGUGGAAAAAGGAAGUGGAAAAGAAGCCUUCGACAUUGACGGUAGAUGAAGCAUAUGACGUUCUGAAAGUCAAAAGAGACCCUUCAGGACUUGUCGAUGAGGCGAAAGUUAGAAAAGCUUACUUUAAAAUGGCGCAGAGGUACCAUCCAGAUAAGAAUCCAGAAGGAAGGGACAUCUUUGAGAAAGUGAACAAGGCUUACGAGUUCCUCUGUUCCAAAUCCUCUAAACAAGUUCAAGGCCCAGAUCCGCAUAAUAUUGUACUUAUUCUCAAGGCUCAGUCCAUUUUAUUCAAGCGACACAAAGAUGACCUUCAGCCAUAUAAAUACGCCGGCUACCCGAUGUUGAUUAAGACCAUCAGACUCGAGACCGUGGACAGCAGUUUGUUUUCAAAGUCAGCACCGCUUCUUACAGCUGCCAGUGAACUGGCUUAUCACACGAUCAACUGCUCUGCGCUAAAUGCUGAGGAAUUACGUAGAGAAAGCGGAAUUGAGGCACUUCAAGAGGCUUAUGACCGUUGCUUACUGGCUAUUACUGGCAUGACUGAACCGAACGCCAUUCCAGUCCAAGUUUGCACUCACAUCACGAGGUGCUACACAGUGGCAGCCCAGUUUGAAGAGUGCCGAGAGAAGAUCACUGAGAUGCCAGAUGUUAUUAAAGAUCUUUGUCGCGUCCUUUAUUACAGGAAUCUUCCAGCGCUCAAUUCUGUUGCAGCAGAAUGUGUCAGUGCUUUCUCUGUGGAUUUCUGGCUUCAAACCCAACUAUUACAGGCUGGUGUACUGUGGCAUCUACUCUUGUUUGUGUUCAGUUACGAUUACACACUGGAUGAAAGUGGAGUGGAGAAAAGUGCAGAAACCAACCAGCAGGAAACUCUGAACAGUCUUGCUCGUCUGAGCAUCGAUGCUCUGGCUCGACUGGGAGGAUAUUUGACUGACGAAAAUAAAACCCCUGAGAAUCCAGCCAUACGAAAGUCUUUGUCCAGUAUGUUCACACCGUAUAUCGCCAAACAACUCAGCAAUGAUAACCCAAAGGAGAUCUUAAAGUUGCUGAACAGUAAUACAGAAAAUCCUUAUCUCAUUUGGGAUAAUGCUACACGUGCAGAACUGACUGAGUUUCUCGAAGCCCAACAACUACGAAAGAUCAAGACGGGCGACUGUGAUACUUCGUUUGGGGCACGCUUCACCUUCUCAGUUUUCAGUGAAGAACUUAUUGUUGGCGAAAUCUUUGUUCGUAUUUACAACGAGCAGCCUCUGUUUCCACUUGAGGCCCCAUUAAAAUUCGCAGCAGAUCUGAUCGACUUUCUUGGUUCGGAAGCACAGUACCUUCAUUCCGUUAUGGCGUUGACGGCUUCGGAACUGGAUCUCAAGAAGAACCAAAAAAGACUGGACGCUAGUGUUAUGGCCCUGGAGGCACUACGAAAUGUUAUCAAGAAUAACGCAGGCACCGAAGCUCAAUGCAUAGGACAUUUUAGGCUGAUUUUCUCAUUACUUCGAAUGACUAAAGCAACAAAACUCCAGAAGUUUGCACUUGAGGUCAUUUCGUGCACAACAGCCAACAAGAACUGUGUUUCCAGUAUUGCUGAUUCAGACAUUCUUGGCUUCUUAUUCCUUACGCUCCACACGCUUCCUUCAGAUCGGUUGUUGACUGUUGAUACCAUGCAUGCACUUUGCUCCAACACGAAGAUUGUCAAGGAGACAAUGCACAAAGGUGGUCUUAUCUAUCUACUUGACCUGUAUACUAAUGGUACAAACCCAGUGGUGCGGGAAAGGUCAGCGGAGUUGUUUGCGAAGAUGAUGUCGGACAAGCUUAUUGGACCAAAAGUCAAGAUCGUGUUGUCCAAAUUCCUGCCCGCCAUCUUUAUGGACGCCAUGAGAGAUAGCGCACAAGCCAGUGUGCACAUGUUUGAAGCAAAUCAGGAGAAUCCGGAGUUGAUAUGGAAUACAGAAGCCAGAGAGAAAGUCUGUUCGGUGGUGAAAGAGCUUAAAGACAGACAUUAUCAGGAGCAGAAAGACAAUCCCGACAUCCAGUGGAAGCUUCCUGACAACUUCGAAGUGAUGUUUGACGAAGCUGCUGGAGAAUUAAUCGUGGGUGGAAUUUACCUCAGAUUGUUCAUACAGCAACCGGCUUGGGUUCUGCGGAAGCCAAAAGAAUUCCUUGUUGCUCUUCUACAGAAGUUUAUUGAACUACUCUCAAAAUCUUCUCAUGGUGAGACUCUGGAGACUGUUACCCAGGCCACUCUAUGUCUUUUCACUGCGCAACCACAACUCGGAGACCAGGUUCCAGGUCUCGGCCACAUUCCUAAUUUAGUCAAGGGUAUGAGCUCCAGUAAUGAUGCAGUCAUCAAGUCCGCUGUACAAGUGGUUCAUUUACUCUCAGCUAAUGAGAUUUGUGUUCGAAGCAUGGCCCAGGUGACUGAUUGCAUCAGUCACGUGAUCAAAGGAAUGGACGCGAGACCAGAUGUAGUGGGAUUGGCUUGUGAAGCACUCCACAGAAUGUUCGAAAAGAAUCACACAGAGCUUGUUGCGCAGGCGCUCAAAUUUGAGUUAGUCCAGUAUCUUUUAAACCUUCUGAACGGAGCGCUCAAAACUGUAGAGAAUCCUGCAGCCACCAAAGCUCAAAUUGUCAAGGCUCUGAAGGCGAUGAUACGUGACUUGACCCACGGCGAGGAGAUCAACAAGAUUCUGGAAGCUUCCACAGUGUGGGCCUCGUACAGAGACCAGAAACACGAUCUAUUCAUAUCGGACAAACCUGUGGCUGGCUACCUGACAGGGGGCGCUGGAGUUGCUGGGUACCUGACAAUGGGCUCUGGCAAUGCGAGCACCAUGUCCAGCGUGCCCCCGCCUGUGGACCGAGUGGAGAAUGGUAGUUGAUGUCACGUGACAUUGGAUGGUGCCAGUCAAUAGUUAAUUAGGCAGGCUGUGUUUACUCGAGCGUGACAGAGGAUACUUUGUACUUCCUACAUCACCAAAACCAUUACAAAUGUCAAAGUUUUUUCAUGAAUUAUUUAUUAUAUUAAUUUUUGUUCAUGUUGCGAAUUCUUAUCCAGAUGAUUUACAAACUUUUUCCGAAUGGAAGGCUGUUCGCAGUUUUCGUAAUUGAUACAUUCAGCUAGCGGAUUUUACAAAAUUUUGCAACAGAGUUUCGUUCAAGGAAUCGUGUGUUUACUG